GAAAUAGGCCCAACCCUUUUCAGGCAGCACCUCCUCCCGGGCUGGGGCCUGACACCACAGGUAACGCUUGUGCGCACCUGGAGCAGCCCGCGGCGUCUGAAUAAGACCCACCGGGACGGCGGUGUGUAGAAUUCGGUGCUGUGCACACGGGAGCCACGGAGGAGCGUGUUAAGACCUUAAGUCACAUGACCUUCCUGCCCUGGGUUCAGGGUGGGCCUGAGCCCUGGAAAGGAGGCCCGUUCAACUGAAAUGAAGUGCUCAUUUCAGAUCUUUCUUCUGAUGUCCUGCUGUUCUUGCACACCAGAGGCCAUGCCUUUUGGCACCUUCAACUUAUUGCCUGACUGUUCAGACUCCUUACCAUGUAACUAAAUAAAUGUUGUUCUCGGGAGAGUCCAAGGAAACAAGUGCAGAUUUGGAUGAGAAGUGAUUCAUCUAAAGGAGCACUGCAGAGAGGGGGAGAACCACAGAUUGGAGUCCCCAAGAUGUGUGCUACUUCCACUGGCCACCUAAAGCUUUGUUCCUUUCUUGGGUCACUUCUGCAAUGAGAGAUUGUCUCUUGUCACUUUGUUUAAGGAGAAGAGCCUGUAUCUUGGGAUCAAUUCCUUCAAGAGGAAUCUAGUUCCUGAAACAGGCUGAAAUUGAGGGUGACUCCUGCAUCUUCCAGGUUGCUCUGCUUCUGAACUUCCCUUGGGCCUGAGAGGGCUGCUCCUCCUGCAUGUGCUGAGUGUCACUGACUUGGGCUCUCUCUGGCACAGCUCAGAAUCCAUCUCCAGGACUGUGUCUUCUCUGCUGUGUGAGGCCCAAGUGGCUCUGGCUGAGAUUUGUCUCCCUGUGACCUGCAGCUGCUAUGAGAUCCAUAGGAAAGAAGUCAGGACUCUCCAGAAGGCAAGAAAUGACCUCAGUGGCCUUUGAGGAUGUGGCUGUGAACUUCACCCAGGAGGAGUGGGCUUUGCUGGAUCCUUCCCAGAAGAAUCUCCACAGAGAUGUGAUGCAGGAAGUCCUUAGUAACCUGGCUUCUAUAGGAGUCAGAUGGGAGAGCCAGAACAUUGAUGAUCACAACACAAAUUCCUGGAGAGAUCUAAGGCACAUCAUACCUCAUUCUGCAAGCAAUCCAUAUGAGAAAGAAGAGUGUGAAGGAAAGCCAUAUGAAUGUAAACAAAAAAGAACAUUUUUAAUUUCUCUCACAAGUGUUCAAAGACAACUGACACCACACACUAUAAAUGAACCUUAUGAAUGUCUGACAUGUGGAAAAGAGUUCAAUUGUUCCAAGUGUGUUAAAAAAUAUGGACGAUCUCAUAAUGCAGAGAUGUCCUAUGGAUGUAAGGAAUGUGGGAAAGCCUUCACUAGUUCAAAAUACCUUCAGAUACACAUACGAACUCAUACUGGAGAGAUGCCUUACAGAUGUAAACAAUGUGGAAAAGCCUUUACUCGUUCCUCUUCCCUUCAAAUACAUAAACAAACUCAUGCUGGAGAGAGGCCCUAUCAGUGUGAACAAUGUGGGAGAACCUUCACUACUUCUUCUUAUCUUCGCCAACAUGAACAAUCUCAUACUGGAGAGAAGCCUUAUAGAAAUAAACAACAUGGGACAGGCUUUGCUACAUAUAGUCAGCUUCAUUCACAUGAAUGGACUCAUACUGGAGAGAAGCCCCAUGAAUGUAAACAAUGUGGAAAAGUCUUCAGUAAGUCAAAUUACCUUCAAAAACACAUGCGAAUUCAUACUCGGGAGAAACAUUACACAUGUGACCAAUGUGGGAAAGCCUUCACUUGUUCCAGUUACCUUCGAAAACAUGAAAUUACUCAUACUGGAAAGAAACCUUAUGGAUGUAAACAAUGUGGGAAAUCCUUCACUAGUUCUUCUUACCUUCAAAUACAUAAACGAUCGCAUACUGGGGAGAAACAUUUUGGAUGUAAACAAUGUGGGAAAGCCUUCACUUGUUACAAUACCCUUCAAAAACAUGAAAGAACUCAUAGUGGAGAAAAGCCCUAUAAAUGUGAACACUGUGGGAAAGCUUUCACCACUUCUAGUUAUCUUCAUGUACAUGAACGAAUACAUACUGGAGAGAAGCCUUAUAGAUGUGAACAAUGUGGAGAAGGCUUUGCUUCAUCCAGUCAGCUUCACUCACAUCAACCAAUCCAUACAGGAAAGAACCCAUAUGAAUGUAAACAAUGUGGUAAAACCUGCACCACAUCCUAUUACCUUCAAGUGCAUAAAAGAACUCAUACUGGGGAGAGGCCCUAUGAAUGUAAACAAUGUGGGAAAACCUUCAUUAGGUCCUCUGUUCUUCACACACAUGAACAAACUCAUAGUGGAAAGAAGCCCUAUCAAUGUGAACAAUGUGGGAAAGCCUUCAAGUGUUUUGCUUAUCUUCAAAGACAUAAAAGAAUUCAUACUGGAGAGAAGCCCUAUGAAUGUAAACAAUGUGGGAAAGCCUUUGGUAGUUCACAUCACCUUCAUGUACAUGAACGAUGUCAUACUGGGGAGAAGCCUUACAAAUGUAGGCAGUGUGGGAAAGCCUUCACUAGUUCCAGUAAUCUUCACAUACAUAAACGAACUCAUACUGGAGAGAAGCCCUAUCAAUGUGAACUAUGUGGGAAAGCCUUUACUACUUGUGCUUACCUUCACAUACAUGAACGAUUGCAUACUGGAGAGAAGCCUUAUAGAUGUAAGCAAUGUGGGACAGCCUUUGCUACAGCCAGAUUACUUCGUUCACAUGAACAGUGCCAUAUGGGAAAGAAUCCCUGUGAAUGUGCAGAGUGUGGAAAAUCUUUCAGUAGUUCCUAUUAUGUUCAAAUACAUAAACGAAUUCAUACUGGAGAGAAGCCCUAUGAAUGUAAGCAAUGUGGGAAAGCCUUCACUCAUUCAUUUUCCUUUCGAAUACAUAAACGAACUCAUACUGGAGAGAAACCCUAUGAAUGUAAACAAUGUGGGAAAGCCUUCUUUAGGUCCACUCACCUUCACUCACAUGAACAAACUCAUACUGGCAAGAGGCCUUAUGUAUGUGAACAAUGUGGGAAAUCCUUCAUUUUUUCUACUUCCCUUCAGAGACAUAAACAAAUUCAUACUGGAGAGAGGCCCUAUGAAUGUAAGCAAUGUGGGAAAGCCUUCCCUGUGUCUGAUGAACUAAACAGACAUGAAAGAAUUCAUACUGGAGAGAGGCCCUAUGAAUGUAAGCAAUGUGGGAAAGCCUUCACUACUUCUUCUGGUCUUUACAGACAUGAAAGGUCUCAUCAUGGAGAGAAGUCUUAUGAAUGUAAGCAAUGUGGGAAAGCCUUCACAUGUUACAGUUACAUUCUAAAACAUAAAAAAACAUGCUGCAGAGAAGCCCUUUUAAUGUAAGCAAUGUGGGAAUGCCUUCACUGUGUCUGCUAAUCUUCACAGAGAUGGAACAACUCAUACUGAAGAGAAGUCCUGUAAAUGUGGGAACGCCUUCAUUGUUACAUUUACAUUUUAAAACAUCAAGCAACUUAUACUGGAUGGAAUCCCUAUUUUGUUUUUUGGUGGUGAGGGUCCCUGGGAUUGAACUCGGGGGCACACAACCACUGAGCCAUAUCCCCAGUCCAAUUUUGUAUUUUAUUUAGAGAGCAGAUCUCACUGAGUUGCUAGUU